AUGGCGGUGAGUGGUGCAGACUCGGUGUUUCAGGUUUGGAAGAGUUUUGAUCUGCAGCAGUUUCAGAGAGAUCUGGACGCCGUCUUCACCAGUCUUACCAGCACGCAGCACCAGAGCGAAGAAUCGAGGCGAAGACUCUUGGACCGGAGCCGGGAGAUCGAGGAUCAGACGGCACAGGAUCUACAGGAACACAUCACUCCUCUGCUACAGGGCUUCCAGUCACAGAUUACCGCUCUGUAUGAAAGAUGUAAAGAGUCGGAGGCUGCAUUCCUCAGUGUAUACAAGAGAUUAAUCGACGUACCAGACCCGGCGGGCGCUCUGGAGGCGGCGCAGCAUCUACAGCUCGCCGUGAUGAAGAUGCCGGAGGCGGAGACGGACAAUCAGAACCUGAGAGAGAAGCUGCAGGAGGCUGAGAGAGGGGGGGUGGAGGUCACGGCUCACGAGCUUCUGAUUAAAGCUCUGAGAGAAAAGCUGCAGCGUUACGAGCGUUUAAUUCAGCGCCGGGGUGAGAGGAAGGACGCAGAUGAAGAAGAGGAGGAACGGGCGGGUGAGACUGAAGCCAUGAAGACAGACAAAGCGAGAGCCAAUCAGGAUCUGGAGGGGGAGCUUGUUGCUAAGCAGCGAGAGCUGGAACGUCUGAUGGAGGACGCACAGAAACUUCAGACCAACCUGACCGAGCUCACAAAGUCAUCGACCAAUCAGAUCAGAGAGUUACAGCAACAGCUCGACUCUAAACACACACUGCUGGAGGAACUUGAGGAGAAACUUGAGGCUCAGAGAGAUUACGAGGAGAUAAAGAGAGAACUCAGUGUUGUGAAAUCCCGAGAACUCGGUUCCUCCGAGCGUCCGAGGGUGAAGGUCUCACCGAACCCACAGGAACCGUCCGAUUCAGGGAAGGAGGAUCGCCAUGGAGACGACGCCCAGAAUCCGCUGGUCAUUAGAGACGUGAGCGGAUCAGUGGAGGUUCGUCACAGCCUUCCGGCCACACCCACCCCACCCUCUGUACCCAGCAGCGUUUUGAACGUCCACCGUCCUUUACUCUCCUCCGCUGAAGCGUCGUCAGCUCGGCCGUUUCCUCUCAGCUUCUUCACGCCCAGCGUCGGCGCCACUUUUCCUCCGGCCGUUCACUCGCUCCUCCAGCGGCAGCUCGCGCAAAACCUCUACGCCAAGACGGCGAGCGAGGACGGACCCGAACCGGACCCGGAGGUGGAACCGGAUACGUCGGAGAUCGCCCGGCGGGUGAAGGAGCAGCUGAUGAAGCACAACAUCGGGCAGCGGGUGUUCGGGCAUUACGUCCUGGGUCUGUCUCAGGGGUCCGUCAGCGAGAUCCUCUCACGCCCCAAACCCUGGAGCAAACUCACUGUGCGCGGCAAAGAGCCCUUCCACAAGAUGAGGCACUUCCUGUCUGAUGAGCAGAACAUCCUGGUACUGAGGAGCAUCCAGGGUCAGCAGAGAGGUACCAUCACCACCAGGGUCCGGGCCCCUGAAACCAGCCUGGACCAAACCAGGUCCACACUGUGUCCCACCACAGAGCUGCAGCUUCAUAAAGAUGAUAACGUCUCCCUCGCUCCGGAGGUUCCCCAAGGUUCAACGGUGCCCUGGGGAGAGCGGUGGUGGAGAACAGAACCCUCCGAUCGACACGAGGAUCCUCAGGAGGACGAUACAGAGAAAGCUCCGGCGUCCGUGACCUCUGUCUGCUCUCUGGAUUACUGGAGGAACCGGUCACGUCCCGAAUCUCCGUGUUACAGAACCUCAGAACACAGCCUGCAGAUUCCCCCCGGGAUGGAGACGCUUCCCAGCAGCCCCGUACCUCGUUCUUCAUCCUCUUCCUGUUCCUCAUCCUCCUCCGUCAGAGCUCCGGUGACGGCGCUGACCCCGGAGCAGUACGAGCGCUUUCAGUACCGGGACGUGGACACGCUGGAGCUGACCCGCCGGGUCAAAGAGAAACUCGCCAAGAGCGGCGUCUGCCAGAGAGUCUUCGGAGAAAAGGUGUUGGGCGUGUCUCAGGGCAGUGUGAGCGAGCUGCUCUCUCGGCCGAAGCCGUGGAACAAACUCACUCAGAAGGGCAGAGAACCGUUUAUACGCAUGAAGCUGUGGAUCAGCGGAGAACUGCAGGAGGAUACGCCGGAGUCGGUUUUAAAAACCCAGACGCACUGUAGCCCCGCCCCUCCAUCACCCGCCGGCGCGUCCCAGGAUCGUCAGGAAGAGGCGGAGCCUGACACGCAUCCCGCCGCGGUAAACGCCCAGGAUACGGUGUGUGCAUCGCCUGAGCUGGACACCUACGGCAUCAGCAGGAGGGUCAAAGAGGUGCUGACGGACAACAACCUGAGUCAGCGUCUGUUCGGCGAGAGUGUUCUGGGUCUGACUCAGGGUUCCGUAUCGGACCUGCUGGCGCGACCCAAACCGUGGCACAAGCUGAGCGUGAAGGGCCGGGAGCCGUUCGUCAGGAUGCAGCUGUGGCUGAACGACCCGAACAACGUCAGCAAGCUGAUCGAAAACAAGCACGCCCAGAAAAAAGUGUAUCUGAAGCGGCGGCGUAACCCGGUGUGUGACGCUCCCGUGUCUGAGAUCGCACCGCUUGGGGCAGAAUUCGGGCAGAACGACGCCCCUCAGGUGAAGAAGGUUCGAAUUCUGCUCACGGCGAAGGAGAAAGAAACCCUGAAGAAGGUUUACGAUGAGGAACCGUAUCCAUCGCCGGGAACCAUCGAGGAACUCUCACACCGGCUCAACCUCAAACCCAGUACCAUCAUCAACUGGUUCCACAACUACAGGUCUCGGGUUCGGCGUGAGCUCUUCGUGGAGGAGGUUCAGGCGGCCGAACCCGGCGGAGUCACCGAGGGAUCCGUCACUGACUCUCAGGACCGUGAGGAGAUCGUGGACUCGUCGGUCAUCGUUCCAGAAGCGUCCGGGGAGAACAACCUGCGGCGGAGGAAAGCGGCGAACCUCAACGACAUCAUCCACCGCCUGGAGAGAGCCGUCAAUCGGGACGAAACCAACGAGGGAGAUUUGUGACGGUUCCCGAAAAAACCAAGGUGCACGGCGGAGAACCGGACUCAUUUAAUCUGGUUUAGGGUCAGGAUUAAGAUUUAGGUCCUGAGUUUUUACAUUCAGGGAAGCGUUUGGGUUUUAUCACACGACCUGAUCAACAUGAACUAGAAAAAAUAUUUGUAAA